AUGCGUAAACUAUUUUUAGAUGAAAAACUGAAAAAGCUGCGUGCUACAAAACAAAAAUUGUUAGAGGAUGUGAUGGAAAAGGAGACAUACAACAAAGCGCAACAGAUUCUAAAGCGCUUUGAUCCAUUAACAUUUGCUUCCAUGGCUGCAGAGGAAAGAAAGCUUGCAAAGCCUGGAUUUGGCUCCAUGAUCAACUUGGGAUCCCCUCAGUCAGAAGUACGACGUCGAAAUACGUGCGAUGCUGCUGCAGGUGAUAAACUUUCGAAUUCUGGAUUAUCAAAUGAAGGUGUGCCUACACAACCAAGUAGUACAUCACCUAUGCCUGGUUCCGUUCCGACACCAGCAAUGAACAAACCACGUUUGUUAAGACCACUUUUGCCUAGAGAACGUUCAAUAGUUGAUAAACUUUUGGAUGUACUGGUUGGUGAUGGUCCUGAUAAACGGUAUGCUUUAAUCUGUAGUGAAUGUGCUUCACAUAAUGGAAUGGCAUUACAAGAAGAAUUUGAAUAUUUAGCAUUUCGAUGUUGCUACUGUCAUCACUUUAAUCCAGCACGUCGUACACGAUUAAACACUUCACUGGCAUCAAGAAGUAUCGACAAAUUGGAUCCAAUCAAUUCACAGUCAACACCUUGUCUAUUAAGUAAACCUAGCCCUACAGGAUUACUGGAAACAAUGACCGAAGAAGUGACAACAAUAAUAACCUCAGAUGAUGAUGACCAUCACCUCAUGAUGAAUAAGCAUAGCGAUGACAGUGGUCGAAUUGUUCAUUCUCCUCGGCAUACUAUCACUGCUAAUGGAGACGAUGAUAACGAUGACAGUAAUGUUGAGAAUGGUGAAAGUGAUAGUAAUAAAAGUCAUCUGACAAAUGGAUUCAACAAAGACGUCGAUUUAAACAAUGCUAACAGCAGUAGUAAUAGUAAUAAUGCGGUUGAGGUGAAUCAUCAUGAUUGUGAUAA